AUGUUAAGAACUUCAAUUGCAUCUAUUACAACUAAGCGAACUAUGAUAACAGCUCAUGCUGUAUUAUACACACAACAUGGAGAACCUAAAGAUGUUUUAUUCACUCAAAAAUAUGAAAUAGAUGAUGAUAAUUUAGAUUCAAAUUCUAUACUUGUUAAAACAAUUGCUUCACCAAUAAAUCCAUCAGAUAUAAAUCAAAUUCAAGGAGUUUAUCCAAGUAAACCAGAAAAGACAUUAAAUUAUCAAACAUCAGAACCAGCAGCUCCAUGUGGAAAUGAAGGUUUAUUUAAAGUUAUAAAAAUUGGCUCUCAAGUUCAAAAUUUUCAACCAGGUGAUUGGGUAAUUCCAAGUCAAGUUAAUUUUGGAACUUGGAGAACUCAUGCUUUAGGAAAUUCAAAAGAUUUUAUUAAAAUAAGUAAUAAACUUACAAUUAAUCAAGGUGCAACAAUAUCAGUAAACCCUUUAACUGCUUAUUUAAUGUUAACUCACUAUAUAAAAUUAAAUCCUCAAGAUUGGUUUAUUCAAAAUGGUGGUACAUCAGCAGUUGGUAAAUAUGCAAUUCAAAUUGGGAAACUUUUGGGGGUUAAUUCAAUCUCAGUUAUUAGAGAUAGACCAAAUUUAGAAGAAGUUAAAGAAACUUUAAAAACACUUGGAGCUACAAAAGUUAUAACAGAAGAAGAAAAUAAUUCAAAAGAAUUUGGUUCAAAUAUAAAACAAUGGGUUAAAGAAACUAAUGGUGAUAUCAAAUUAGCUUUAAAUUGUGUUGGUGGGAAAUCAAGUUCAGGUAUUGCUAGAAAACUUGGUCCAAAUGGUUUAAUGUUAACUUAUGGAGGUAUGUCAAUGCAACCAGUAACUAUACCAACAUCAUUAUAUAUUUUUAAAAAUUUCACAAGUGCUGGAUUUUGGGUUACUGAAUUAUUGAAAAAUAAUAAAGAAUUAAAAACAAAAACAUUAAAUCAAAUUAUUGAUUGGUAUGAAAAGGGAGAACUUAAAGAUGCUCCAAGUAAGGAUUUAGAAUAUGAUGGUAAUGAAGAGUUGUCAAAGGUUUAUAUAGAAGGAAUUGCUGAUAAAUCCGGUAAACAAUUAGUUAAUUAUAAAUGA